AUGUACUUUGACGAGGUGGACGGAAGCCGCCAGGUGACGAUUCGCAGCCCCGCCCAGCGCCAGGGGGAGCUUGCCCCGGCAAGGCUGGAGGAGGAGGGUCGUCUCCACUUCGUGGUUCUCGAGAACGAGGACCUAUCAGUAAUGGUCGUUGAGGAUAGCGACAAUUUGUUUCUGCGGUGCGAGGAGCUCUCCAAUGAGACUUUGCUUGAUGCCCCUUCGACCUAUCGCACACGCUCUACGCUUCCGAACAGUUCCGCUCGGCUCACCGAAAACUGGCGCCAGUCAAAGGCAGCACCGGACUAUUCUAUCCGUUUAAGAUUGCUUGCCGAGUCAGAGACGAAGGACUGCCCAGAGCAGACACACGCGGUGGAGGUCCGCUGGACAUCAUCCCCACUCGUUCGGCAAGGACCGGUUUAUGACUACUCGAAAAGCCUUUUCGCGGCACUCGACUCCCCCCAGCAGGAGUCGUACCAUGAAGAGCUGGAGCGGUUUCAGUCCCGCGGAUGGUGGGAACCUCUGCACGAAGACGGGGUUGACGGCAAGGGUGGGGUCGCCCUACCCGAGGCCAUUGCCUUUCCAGUGGUACAAGGUGUGAAAGUCAGGCCAUGCAUUGAUUUGCGCCGGGGAAAUGCUAUCUCGCCGCCAAGUUCUUAUCCAGGCGACUCUUGCGCGGUCAUCCUUGCCCAAGUCCGUGUUGCCAUUGCGGCGAUCGCCCGAGCGGCGAGACAGAGGCAAAAGGAAGGGGCCAAGCCAGAGCGCUUAUCCUUUUGUACCCUGGACGCGGCGACCGCCUUCUAUAGAAUCAGGCUCCAUGACCGCACCGCUGUGAUCAGGUCGCUCGGUCGCCGGUUUGUGGCACGUCGACUGGUAUUUGGGCUUCGCUGUGGUCCGGCAGUGCUACGCGAAGCACUCACAUGUUUGAUCGAUGACGCCAUGCUGCGCGUGAGUUCCGAAAUCAACGAUCCUCUGCUACUCCACUGGGAGUAUGUGGAUGAUAUCUGCCUACUUGGCGGACACCAGGCCGUCCAGCGCCUCAAGUCGGAGAUCAUCUGCUUGGGUGGCUCAUGGGGGUUUGAGUUCACCCCUGCGAAGUGUCAUUUACUGACGUUCUCUUCGGAAGGGCAGGUUGAAAGAUUCGACUCCUUCCGCCACCUUGGCGUCGACUUUACGUAUCGUGAAGACCACCCAACCGGUCAAGGGACCCUAGUUCUUCGGUGCGUUACCGACUCCGAUCCGCACUCUCAGACCUUCAGAGAGGGCCAAAGAGUUUGCAAGCGUUCCCUGUUCCGAGCGGCUGGUGCCGCCUUUGAUCCUCUUGGUCUUCACGGCGACAGGGGCCUGGCAGCCGACUAUAUACGGAGAGUAUCUGGUAAGUGGAAAGCAGGCUGGGACCAAGAUGUUCCUCUGGGGAAGGACGAGGCUAAGACGCUAACAAUCGCUAUCGGCAUCCUCAGCGCUCGUUCGAGAGAUUGUGACCAUGAGGUCAGCUUUGUGGCGGACACCCUGGAGGUCGCCUGUGAUGCCAGUCCCUUUGGCAUUGGAUUUAUCGCCACGCUGUCUAGCGGAAGUUCGUCUCGUGUGGCUCUCUCCAGCAGAGCCAGAGCCCUGCGCGGACCGAUGCUCAACUGGCACCAAAACCGUAAAGAGGCUUACGGACUGGCAGCAGCGCACGUGUUCGCCGACGCGUUGGUUCCUUAUCUUAAUGGCCUGGGUCUGAAGUUUCUCUCCGACUCACGAACCGCGCUUUCAUGGUUACGAGGUGGCUCGAAGCUCACAUGCAAGUCGGUCGACCGUCUCGCAAUAUCUCGGCUCUGCGAAGCUAUCGCCGAUGUGCGCGAGGCCUGGCAACGGAAGUACAUGUUGACCCCCGAGCUGUUGCAUAUCCCUGCGGAGCAGAACUCCGAGUCGGACAGCCUCAGCAGGCUCGCUUUUUCCUGGGGUAUCCCCGACAGUAUCAUCUUCGAAGGUCGCGGUGUGAUGCACACCAAAGCGGUCGCGGUUUUUGAUGAAGACGGCGGCUCAGGCUCCUCUGAAGAUUAUCCCACCGUAUGUGACGUUGAGAAUCAGCUAAGGGUCAUUGCAACAGUCCAUCCAGCAUCGCAAGGCGUCCUGGAGUUCGGUAUGGAGCAUGGAAGACCAUCCAGGCAGCGGCUCCUCGCUCUCCAGUGGGCUUCCCCGACGGCCAACUUUAUACUCAGAUCCCUCGGUUCAUCCCCACCACCGGACGUUGCCCCGGUAGGGCCCGCUACAGCCCCGAUACCGGGAGUGGCGGCAGAACUUCCUGAUUUCUCUUUGGCUGACGAUGGUCUUCUAAUGAAGAGGUCCCAAACCCCGAAGGUGAACGGAGUCUCCGCGACUCGUACAUGUUAUUAUGUUCCCACGGAUACUUCCGAGGGAAAGCAGCACGCACAUUCGAUCGUCGAUGCAUACCAUCGUGAAACUGGCUGCCUUAAUCGUCGUUACAUACGAUGGUUGGUGUCCAGAUGCUUUCAUAUACCUCGGCUCCGUUCCUUCAUUGAGGUUGUGUGCGGCACCUGUGAAGGGUGUCGUUUGUCAUCUAACAGGCGCUUUUAUUCCACAACUGACUCAGCUCGCUCUCUUCGCACUGGCGUGCAGGAGUGUUGGUAUACGGUUUCAGCUGACCUUGCCGAGAUGGGCUGGGAUCGCAAGCGCAGACUUUGCGCGGUAUUGGUGCUGACGUGCCAUUUUAGCGGAUUCACUGUGGUAUCCCCUUUGAAGGAUCAGAAAAGUGCCACAGUGGCGACCGAGAUGGCUAGCCUCUUCGAUUUAUUGGGCGCUCCGGCCUUGCUUCGCACUGACGGAGGCCCGUGUUUCCGUGGACGUCCACUAGCUGAAAUGCUCUCGCUAAGAGCAGUGGAGCAUCGGGUGGUGUCGCCAUAUGCUCCUUUUUCAAACGGCUUAGCAGAGCGCGCUGUCGCCAGUGUCAAGUUCCUGGCGAGGCAGCUCGGUGAUAAGAAGACCUGGCCAACAACGUUAGGGAAGGUUAUCCGUCGGCUCAAUUGUAAGCCUUUUUUGGACACUGACCUUUCACCUUUUGAGAUAUUCUACGGUCGUGUAUCCCGGUUGAGCCCUGAGAAUUCGCUUGCACAAGGGGCUGUUGACGGUGGUGCCCCCGUUGCUAGAGCAGAGGUCCGCGAUGAAAUUACCAAGCUCGUCAAAGCUGCUAUCGCAGCUCGCGAGCAGGUCUUGAGCGAUGUCCGUGGUCUCCGCAGGAAGGGACCGCCACCGGUCGGCUCAACUGUUGUUCUUUUCAACCCUGACACACUGGGACGCGGCGGUAGGUACGCUCCUGAUGUGUACCGCGUGCAUGAGAUUGUACGCGGGGUUGUUCUGAGAUUAGUUAAUGCCUCGAUCCCACCGGACGAGGUCACAUCCCAAUUGAUUAAGGAAACUCAUUAUGCCAACGUUCGUCCUUGUAAUCUUCCAUCCGGGGGGCAUGUAGAGUAA